GAGAUUGGCAUCGAGAUUAGAGGGGAAGCUUCCAGACUACGUUUAGUUCAUCGCUUCUAUCGUCGGAAGAGAGAGAGAGAGGGAGAGGGAGAGAGAGAGAGAGAGAGGAGAGCAUUUCGUCGAGCAUGUCGGACAGCGGCGCCGUGAUGGUCUACGGCAACGGCGCAGCCUUGACGGAGCCGAAGAAGUCGUCCACCUUCUCCAUGAAGGUGGGGCUGGCGCAGAUGCUGCGUGGCGGGGUCAUCAUGGACGUGGUACGCCCGGCCCGCGUUGCCGAGGAGGCGGGCGCCUGUGCCGUCAUGGCGCUCGAGCGUGUCCCUGCGGACAUCCGCGCCCAAGGCGGCGUCGUCCCCUGGGCGGUGCCACCGUCGGCCAGGAAUUCUGGGUCCGAAUAGGCUGAUCCAUUCGGCCCAAUUUGGGUCUGUCAAGGGCCUAAUUGCUCUCAGAUUAAGUUAAUGGGAUCACCUUCCAUUUCUAACUUAAUCUACAUGCUAACUAUGAUAUUUCUUAAGACAUUUACGGCAA